AUGUCGAGAGAUAGACCACAGCCCAAUGACAAUAGUGCUCAACAGAGAGUUGACAGAGCUCAUACAGUUCAGAGAUCUGAGAGAGCUGACAACGAUGGUGCUCAACAAAGACUUACCAGAUACAAGAAAGGUGCAAAAGAGGAGGAUAAGGAGAAGAAUAGAGCUGACGCCCGUAACGCUCUCUUGGUAGUAGCCACCCUAAUAGCUACCGUGACCUUCCAAGAUGGGGUUAACCCCCCUGGCGGUGUAUGGCAGGAAACCAAUGAGGGCCAUAUAGCAGGCACUGCUAUCUGUGAAUCUGAAUCAUCUGUCUACUACGUUUUCUUGACUUCCAACACCCUAGCCUUUUCUGCAGCGGUACUUGUUAUUAUGUCUCUCACGCAUAAUUUUCCGUUCAAGUUUGAAGUAACGGUUGCUGGUGUUUCAAUGAUUAUAACUUAUGGAUCUGCGAUCUUUGCUGUUACCCCGAAUGAAGAAACGUUUCAACUCGCCCUGAUUACAGCAGUAGUGCCUUUAGCUAUGCGGUGUUUGAUCCAGCUAUUGGUUAAGUUGAAAAACAGGGAACCUGAUCCUCCAUGUUUGAUCCAGGCAUUUUCCAGGCCUAGAAACAAGAUAGCAGAUCCCCCGAAAGACCAGACCUUGCAAGCACAACCUUAG